AUGAUGCUGGCACACUCCUUUCUUCUGCUUCUCCUUACAGGCUCAGGCGAACUUCUUAACGAGGAAAACACCGUCAACCAAAGUUUGGCAAAGGAAACAGAACGUGUUUGCAGUUACAGUGAUGUGUUGAACUUCCUGAACCUGACAAAAGACAGCGAUCUGUUUACCAUGAGCCGACCGGUCAGAGACCACAAAAAAACAACAAACCUGUUCCUGGAAAUGGUGAUCUAUGCAAUUCUAGAUGUGAGAGAGAUUGAUCAGACUUUUAUUUCCUAUGUCUGGAUCUACAUGGAUUGGGAUAAUGAUUACAUUUCCUGGAGACCGGAAGAUUUCUGUGGAAUUUCAUCUGUAGCAGUUCCAACUGAAGCUUUGUGGAAACCAGACCUCACCAUUGAAGAGAUGACAGAGAAGGACAAAGCUCCCCCAAGUCCUUUACUGAAAAUCCACAAUUGGGGGAAAGUUGAGUUUAGAAACAACCAAGUAAUCAUCAGCACCUGCAAGAUGCACGCUUACCAAUUCCCCUUUGACUAUCAGAGCUGCAAUCUCACCUUCAAGUCAGUCUUGCACAAUGAUGAGGAGAUGAUCAUUAAAGUGGAUGAAAACAGCACCCAUGCCACCCUGUGGUCACUUGAGAUCAUAAAGACGCAGUUCGAGUGGGUUUUCCUCAACAUAACUAUUGAUCAAAAAGUCGUGGACUUCUAUGGCUCAAACCAAACCUCAAUCAUUUACACUGUCAACAUGAGAAGGAGGUCCAUCCUCUAUUGUGCCAAUUUUUUGGUUCCCAUCUUGUUCCUCAUGAUUCUGGACCUGGCCUCCUUCCUUAUUCCGGAUGACGGAGGCGAGAAGCUCAGCUUCAAAGUCACCGUCCUGCUCGCGGUGACGGUCAUGCAGCUGCUUCUUAAUGAGAUUCUGCCGUCUUCAACGGACAGGAUUCCAAUUGUAGUUCUCUUUUGCAUUGGAAUCUUUGGUCUGAUGCUCCUCAGCCUCCUGGAGACCAUUUUUGUCAUUUAUCUGAGAAAUAAAGAUUUAAAAACCCAGGAGAGUGAAGCAAAUGGAGGCUCUGACGAGGAGCAAAACAGUGACAAAACCAACUUCAUCAACAGCCUUAAAGGUAAGGGUUUUUAUUCACAUUUUACAAACGUUUUACAUCGAUUAUUUUAUAUAUAA